GGGGGAAAGCCCCCCACCUCCCCUCCGAGGCACCGCUCCCGCGCUGCGCCCCGGCCUUUCCUGCCCGGUUCCGGGGAGGCGUUUCCACCGCGCGCUCCUCCCUCUCCUCCCUCCUUCCUCUUCUCCCCCUCCCUCCCCAGCCCAACCCCGGUUCUGCGGGGCUGGGAAGAGCCGAGAAAGGAGGGAGACUCGGCCCCUUCUGUGGCUCUGGAUCGCCCGGAGAAGCCAGCGGGCUCCGCGCACCCCUCUGCGCCCCGGCGCACCGCAGCCAUGGCGGAGCCCAGCUAAGACGCCCUUCGGGGGCCACAGCGCUCCGUUAACCCCCACCCCACCCUCCCUUUGCGGAUCUCGCCGCCAGGUGCGCCUUUGUUUGUGGAUUCCGCCGAUGGAGCCUGCGAGGAGUCGGCCCGGAGGAGCCCCUUAGGGCUCCCCCUCCAAGGCGCCCCCAAGGCGGAGUCCCUUUGGCGCAGGGCGGGCGGGCGGCGGCGGCGGCGGCGGCGCAGCCCCUCUGGACGCGGCCGCGCUGCCCAGCCGAAAGGAUGAGCCCACCUCCCGUCGGGUGACACCCCGCUGCACCCCCAAAGGUACGGCGUGUGCCGGUACGAUGGAAAAGUUUUUCCUGCCUCUUCUGAUGCUUGGCACCAUGGCGAAAGCUCAGCACUGCCCCGGCCGAUGCAUUUGCCAGAACAUCUCCCCGACGCUGACCAUGCUGUGCGCCAAGACGGGCCUCCUCUUUGUCCCACCCACCAUCGACCGGCGGACGGUGGAGCUGCGCCUGACGGACAACUUCAUCACCGUCAUCCGCCGCAAGGACUUCUCCAACAUGACCAGCCUGGUGCACCUCACUCUCUCGCGCAACACCAUCAGCCAGAUCCUGCCCUACGCCUUCUCUGACCUGCGUGCCUUAAGGGCCUUGCACAUGAACAGCAACCGCCUGGCCGCCCUGAAGAACGAACACUUCCGCGGGCUGGGCAACCUGCGCCACCUCAUCCUGGGCAACAACCAGAUCAGCCACAUUGAGCCUUCUGCCUUUGAUGAGUUCCUCUCCACCGUGGAGGACCUGGACCUCUCCUACAACAACCUGGAGACGCUGCCCUGGGAGGCCAUCGGGCAGAUGGUGACCCUCAACACCUUGACGUUGGACCACAACCUCAUCGACCACAUCGCCGAGGGAACCUUCUCCCAGCUGCAGAAGCUGGUCCGGUUGGACAUGACCUCCAACCGGCUGCAGAAGCUGCCCCCGGACAACCUCUUCUUGAGAGCCCAAGUGUUGGCCAACGUGCGUGGGACCCACCCGUCCACCUUGACCAUCAGCUUUGGAGGCAACCCACUCCAUUGCAACUGCGAGCUCCUCUGGCUCCGUAGGUUGACCCGAGAGGAUGACCUGGAGACUUGCGCUUCGCCGGAACACUUGAUGGACAAGUAUUUCUGGUCCAUCCCCGAGGAGGAAUUCAUCUGUGAGCCCCCGCUCAUCACCCGCCAAUACUCCUCCAAAGCGUUCAUCAUGGAAGGGCAAGGCGUCAGCCUCAAGUGCAAGGCGGUGGGAGACCCCGAGCCCUCCAUCCACUGGAUCACCCCCGACGGCAAGCUGAUCCACAACACCACCCGCACGACGGUCUUCGAGAACGGGACCCUGGAAGUUCUCAUCACCACCUUGAAGGACAACGGGGUCUUCACCUGCAUCGCCUCCAACGCUGCUGGCGAGGCCACGGCUCCCGUCGAGAUCUGCAUUGUCCCGCUCCCCUUGCUGGUCAACAACACGGGUCACAUGAAGGAGCCCGAUCCCGGCUCAUCGGACAUCACCACCUCUGCCAAAUCGGGGGCCAACGACACCAAGAACCACCUGGACAAGAGGAUCGUGGCGGCUGACCUCACGUCCACCUCAGUGGUCAUCCACUGGCCAUCUGAACGGCACAUCCCUGGCAUCCGUAUGUACCAGAUCCAGUACAACAGCUCCCUGGAUGACUCUCUGGUUUACAGGAUGAUCCCCUCGUCCAGCAAGACCUUCCUGGUGAAUGACUUGGCGGCCGGCCGGGACUACGACCUAUGCGUCCUUGCCGUCUACGACGACGGGGUGACAUCCCUGACGGCCACCCGGGUUGUGGGCUGCGUCCAGUUCACCACGGAGGGCGAGGCCACCCAGUGCCACUCGCUUCACACCCAGUUCCUGGGGGGCACCAUGAUCAUCAUCAUCGGGGGCAUCAUCGUGGCCUCCGUCCUGGUCUUCAUCAUCAUCCUCAUGAUCCGGUACAAAGUCUACAGCGGGCAGGAGGAGCACAAGAAAGCCAAAGUCAGCAACGUCUACUCGCAGACCAACGGGAACCAGCCUCACGCCCACGCCCUUCCCUGCUCGGCCUCCAAGGACAAAUACGAGACUCUCCAAGAAGUGGCUUCCAAGGAACCUCCUCCGAGGGGAGACGCUGCAGGAGAGGCGCCCAGCCGCCAAGACGUUGCCUUGACGGAGCUGGACAGCCGAGGAGGCUCCAAGAUGGCCACCAGCCUCCAGACGGUGGCCAUCUUGUCUUCUGACGAAGGGCAGGCAGAAGGUGCCCUGAGGGGCUCGACGGUUUCCUUGUGCUUGGUCAAGGAUGCCGGGUCGGGGCCGCCGUUGCGGGCCAAGAUGGGCGGCGGUGGUGGCGGUUUGGUGGGGUUCCCCGCGCGCGAGUUGUCCAGGACUCACCAUCACCGCCACUCCUUCGACGGGGACUACUCGCUGUUCCAGAGUCACAGCUACCCGCGUCGGGCACGGACAAAGCGACACAUGUCCACCUCGCAGUUGAACUCUGACGAGGACCCCCUGAGCCACAGGAGGGUCACUUUUAGCAGCACAGAAUGGAUGCUCGAAAGCACAGUCUGAAAAACGGGGGGCGGGGGGGCGGGGAGGGGGGACGGACGGACGGACGGAGGGACUUGCCGGACGCACAACUCAUUGGGGGCAGAGCAACCAAGGAAGGGAGGCAGGGAAGGUGGCUGGGGGGGGGGGAGAGAGAGAGACGCAGGCCGAAAUAUUCACGGGGGGCAAGGGGCGGAUCCGGCCCGCCCCCCCUUUGCCCCCCAACCUCUUCCGCAAUCGACCGCUCGUUUCCAGAAUCUCCUGCGGCGGUGCCUUAACCGAGCCACAAAGAGCGAGAGAGAGAGAGAGAGAGAUUGAGAAGAGGAACUGAACCAUGUUUUUUUUCGCUGAAAGGGGGAGAAAGUUCAGUUUCCAGGAAAGAGGGUGUUGGGAGAGAGAGAUAGGGGGGGCUGUGGAUGGUUUUAGGGGUGCCAGUGCUCAAGAGGGUUGGGAAAGGGGGAGGGGGGUUGGGGGUGGCGGGAGGCCAAGGAAAGACACAUAUGCACAGAUGACACGAAAAACUAAACAAAGAUCCUUUUCUUUCUUUUUUUCCCUUUCCUCCUCUUUAUGCAUUAAUAACUGUUCCAAUAAAAAAAAGGAGAGAAUUGGGGGGGAAUUAUUUCAGGAGAGAACUGAGCAUAAGACCACAGAAAAACUACUAGCGGGGUGGUGGUCCGACUUAAGGGAAGGGGGGGUCCCCCUUUCCAUUUGCUGCACACCCCACCCCCAGGACCCACGGAGACAAUAUUCGGUUACUAUAUUUAUUGUAUCUGGCUGGUCUAGAUAAAAAGAAAUUCUGUGUUUGGUGUGUUCAUUCAUCGGAAAAGUCAUUUGAGCUCGUCGACCAACACCCCCCCCCCCCCGAUUUCCCUGCCUUCGCCCACAUUUCUGCCGGCCCACCCCUCCCUCCCCACUCGCCCAAAAUCUAUGGUCCUCCAUUUCACCGGCCCCACUUCCAACAUUGAUGACACCCAGCCCCCCCCUUUCCUUUUCCCUUAAAACCUCUGAAAUCCACCCUGUUCCCACCCCAUUUAAAGUCAUGCAAGACUCCUCCCUCCCCUGCAACUUCCCCCUCAAAAAUGUCCUCUUCUAACUUCUACCCAAACCAUGACUCUCUUAUUUCUUUUCAAGGUCAACCCCCCCCCAAAAAAAACAAACAUUUGAGUGUUGAUGAACACAAGUUUUUACAUUAAAAACCUGUGCCUGCCACACCCGGCCAUCGCCAUGACCUCUUUGUCCCGUCCCGUCCCCCCCCCGCCGCCAUCAUCCAUUCCCCGCCCUCCCAGUUCUCCCAGUGCCAUCCAGCUCCUCUUAAUCCAUCACAGGGUGUGGCUGCUUUUUCGGAGGUGAUUAAAUCUUUUGUGUGUGAACUGCA